AUGCUCAGACGUCGCCCAACUAUCAUCCUCCUGGAGGACUUGGAUUCUCUCCAGCUCUUCCCGCUGACAACAGACUUCCAGAAACUGACCCUGGACGAACAGGAACAGAGCUACGAUGACCUACUGGGGGACCUCUCAUCCUGCGCAUCAGAGGCAACUACCAGCAUUGACCUUACAGCUCCCAGUCACGGGAAGCCCUCUUGUGAACGCGACACCUCUUCACCCAGUCCCGGGAUCUUCGCAUCUCCAAGCACAGCUCCACCAUCCGCACCCGCAUCCACCAAAUCAUGCCUGAAAUCCCACCUCCCAAUCCGAGAGUCCUUGCAGAACACAUCUCCGGGAGUGAAGCCGCGUCGAGCGUCCCAGUCUACCGACCCACCACGGCCAAAAGUGACUUUCGCGUUGUCACCGCAAGAACAAGAGCUCCAUAGCGGCAGAGCCAAUCGUUCAUCCGAAGAACAAGAAGAUGAUCGUAUUGAAAACUGGCCUCGCCCAGACACUACUACAGCCCUAUCCCUCGAUUCGCCGGCCCUCACGCCACAACUCUCCUUCUUGUCGUGUGGUGUCUCGUCAAGCCCGGCCACUGCCAGCGUCCCACUCCGGGACCUAGUCUUAGCGUCCACACAGUCUUACGAGGCAGUCUUGGCCGAGAAGACGGUCUCGCCCGAGUUAGGGGAUUGCAUCGGUAAAGGCCGUGGUAUUGUCUAG